GGGUCGUUCUUUAUGCAGGCCGGACUGAGGUGUGUGAGCGAACUCCACGCUUGGCACGGGCCCAUCUCUUUCGCUACCUAGAGCCGCAACUGCUGCAGGGUCGCCAGAUUUCUCCCGUACAUACUGCUCAAAGUCAUCGAAUCGGCCAUCAGAUUACACUUCUCGCUGCUGUCUGCGGUUCUGCGGUUCCUAUCACGUCGACGUUGCAAAGCCAUUUCACCACCCGCUUUGCGCCUCCCGCCUACCACGCGUAUCAGCUUUAUACAAGUCUAGACCUGUGACGGGAAUCUAAACGGGCUCCAUAGCCAAACCACCUUAUCUUCAUAACCGCGCAUCAUAUUCAGGUGCUUCACAAGACAUCUCUUUGCGGCUCUCGAGUUUCGAGGCACGUGUGUGAUAUCAACGACGCGCAGUUCAUCAUCCGGCCUCAAUAUGACAUCGUUUCUUCGGCUCGCUGGGAUGGUUCGGCCAUUCCCAGGGCUACAGAGGCCACUUUCUACCAGCUUCUUCAGUACAGUAACACCGAAGCGGCCACUGCCCUCCAACUUCUUCAGACAACCGCCCUCAACACUGGUCUCUAGGUUACGGCAGUCCCGCUCUUACUCUAGCGGUUUCGGGUCCCAGCGUCGGUAUGCAGCCAACAAGUUCCUUCUAGUGAGCUUCGUGGGCAUCAACACCGCUGUAUUUGCGUACAGCCUCUACACUCACGAACUGGCCAAACAAGGUCACAUGGACGGCUUCAGAAAAUACCAUCAGAUCAUGACGAUGAACUUGCAGGAUGUCAAGAAUGGUCACUAUUGGCAGACUGUCACAUCUAUGUUCGCACAUGCAAACUUGAUGCACUUGGCGUUCAACAUGUUCACGUUCUGGUCAUUGGGUGGGAUGUUGUGUGCGUUACCGGUUACGCCUGGCCAAUUCACGCUCAUUGUACUUGGAUCUGGAUUGUCAGGCUCGCUGUUUUGGCUUGGUCAAAAGCAGUUGAAAGAACAGAUGGAAGGUCGACCGUCCCAACAACGAGCGUUGGGUUUCUCUGGUGCUUUGAUGGGCGCUGUCACCGUGGUUGCUUGCUUCGUGCCAAAGAACACUGUUGGAAUCUUUGGUGUAAUACCGGUGCCUCUUUGGCUUUGUGUCCUUGGAUAUGGAGCCUACGAUGGGUACUACUUGAACGCUGAAAACACCAGGACGGCACACGCUGGGCAUCUGGGUGGGAUGGUGUUCGGCCUGGCCUACUAUUUCCUUAAGUUGAGGACUUUGAAAUACCCGGGGAGUAUCUGAUGUGUCCACCUGCAUCCCCUCGAAACAUACUGUUCUAUCAAUGUAUUAUCCAAUUUAAAUGUAGUAAGAUACUGUAUGCGGGCAG